GGUCGCUCACGUCGGGUGCUGCCAUGGCCGUCCAACUGCGCGUCGGCGCCAUCUUUGGCAUGUUCUGCUUCAUCAACCUCCUCAACUGCAUCGACCGCGGCAUCAUCCCCGGCGCGCCCAUCGAGUUCCAAGGCUUCAUCCAGCGCACGCACAAUGUCUCGUCCGACAGUGUCAGCAUCUACAUUGGCCUCCUCCAGUCCAUCUUCAUUGGGUCGUACUCGAUCUUCAUCUGCGUCUUUGGCUACCUCUCGAUGACGCGCAAGCCGUUCCAGCUCAUGGCCAUCUCGCUCUUUGUGUGGAUCCUCUCGAUCGUCAUGUGCGGGCUCGCCAAGCCGCUCGACAGCUUUUAUUUGCUGCUGUUCGGCCGGCUCAUUUCGGGCAUUGGUGAGGCAUCGUUCCACGCGACGGCGCCGCCGUUCAUCGAUGAGUUUGCGCCGCCGGCGAAGCGGACGCUCUGGCUCGGGUGCUACUACGCGACGUUUUCGAUCGGGCAGGCGCUCGGGUUUUCGUAUGGGUCGGUGACGGCGCGCACGGUCGGUUGGGACUAUGGGUUCUACCUCACGGCGGUGCUCAUGGUGCCCGUCGUGUACGCAUGCUACGCGUGGAUCCCGGACCACCUCGAUAAGCCGCUCGGAAAGAAGAAGCUCGAGGACGCUGCGAGCAAGUCGGCGGACCUCCAAGAAGAGUUUGUACCAUCGACAUCGACCCAUGCGCCGCACUCGUUUUGGCGCGAGACGUUUGAAAUCGCCAAGAACCCGGCCUUUCUCGCCUCGGCCUUUGGUCUCUCGGCGUUCACGUUUACGAUCCAAGGCAUGGUCGCGUUCGCACCGGCGAUUCUCAUUGGCUACGGCCUCCUCAGCGAGUCGAUCGCGUCGACGGCGUUUGGCGGCAUCGUCGUGCUCGCGGGUCUCAUUGGGUCGCCGUUGAGUGGCUACAUCCUCGACAAGGUGGUCCGCGGCCACGACGACGACCGCUACUUUCGCCUCCACCGCGCGGCAUUUCAGAUGUUUGUGUCGAUCGCAAUCGGCGUCGCGCUCUUGCUCCUGUCGCUGGGCUUUAUGAACUCCAAGUUUGUCUUCCUCGGCCUCGUCUUUUCGGGUUUCUCUUUCGUCUCGGACGCGCAGCGCGGGUACGCCAUGGGCCUCAGCACGUUCAUCCAGCACCUUUUUGGGGAUGUGCCCGCAGCCGUCAUCCUCGGUGCGCUCAAGGACAUGUGGGCGCCCCACUGCGGCAGCAAGGUGGAUACCAGCGGCAAGGACGUGCUCGACCCCGACUGUCACUUGGACAAGGAUGGUCUGCGCUACACGCUCGCGUUUGCCUAUGGCUGGCUCCUCUGGACCGUGCUCUGCUGGGGCAUCACGUACGUCAUUGGGCGUAAAUGGCACAUCAAAGCCGACGCGGCCAAGGCGCUCGAGGCGUCGCCCAGUGUCAAUGUCGUGGCGCAAGAGUAG